UCUCUUUAUGUUUCAAGAUGUGGCUCGACAGUUUCCUGCUAAGUUUGGAUUUCAAAUCAAUUGCACUAUUUCUGGUGCUUUUCAUCCUAAUCGCAGAUUAUGUUAAAAACAGGAAUCCUCCAAAUUACCCCCCUGGACCACGGGCUCUGCCUUUACUGGGAAACUUUUUUGAUUCUGACCCUAAAUUUCCACAUUUGAGCUUUUUCAAGUUGGCCGAAAUCUAUGGAAAUGUCUUCAGCUUUCGAUUUGGCAGUGAGAAGCUUGUGUUCGUCUGUGGAUACAAGAUGGUGAAGGAAGCCUUAGUGAACCAAGCCGACAUCUUUGUGGAUCGUCCCUUCAGCCCAAUGGCCGAUAGGUUCUACUCAUCAACAGGAGGAGGUCUCUUCAUGAGCAAUGGCGAGAAGUGGAAAAAACAAAGGCGUUUUGCUUUGUCUACGUUAAGGAGCUUCGGCCUGGGCAAAGGUACCAUGGAGCAGUGCAUCCGCGAGGAGAUUCAGUACCUGCAAGAAGAGAUACAAAGUCACAAAGGGGAGCCGUUUAGACCGGCUGGCCUUUUCAAUAAUGCUGUGUCCAACAUUAUCUGUCAGCUGGUGAUGGGGAAACGCUUUGACUACAGCGACGAUAGAUUUCAGACUAUGCUCCAUUACUUGACUGAAACUCUUUAUCUACAAGGCACAAUAUGGGCUCAGCUGUACGAGUCUUUCGCCUGGCUGAUGAAGCUCUUGCCUGGUCCACACAAUAGAAUGUUUGAGGAUGGUGUGAAGAUCCAUGAGUUCAUCUCUGAGGAGGUUGAGAACCACAAGAAGGACCUGGAACCCAGUAACCCCCGCGACUAUAUUGAUUCCUUCAUAAUUGAGAUGAAAAAUAAUAAAGACUCUGAUGCUGGUUUUGAUGAGACCAAUUUGGCUUAUUGUGCCAUGGAUCUUUUCUUGGCUGGAACAGAGACCACCUCCACCUCUCUACAGUGGACCUUGAUUUACCUCAUAAAGCACCCUGAAGUGCAGGAAAAGGUCCAGGAAGAAAUAGACAGCGUGAUUGGACAGAAUCGUUUGCCCACGAUGGCAGACCGGGCCAACCUGCCAUACACUGAUGCAGUCGUCCAUGAGAUCCAGAGAAUAGGAAACAUAGUGCCCCUAAAUGGCAUGAGAAUGGCCUCUAAAGACACCACUCUGGGUGGAUACUUCAUUCCAAAGGGGACCAGCAUCAUGCCCUUGCUACACUCUGUGCUCUUUGACAAGACUGAGUGGGAAACUCCGGACAUGUUUAAUCCUGGACACUUCCUGGACAAAGACGGAAAGUUUAUAAAGAGAGACUCUCUGCUGCCUUUCUCAGCAGGGAAACGUGUGUGUCUUGGAGAGGGACUCGCUAAAAUGGAACUGUUCCUGUUUAUUGUUGGUUUGCUGCAGAAGUUUUCGUUUUACGUUUUGGACGGAGAGGAGCUGAGGACUGAUGGAGUGACUGGGACCAUACGUGUCCCGCACCCCUUCAAAGUUUGCGCUAAGGUCCGCUAGUUCCAGGCUGUAGCGCUAUCUACAGCAGUAUCCAACCUGACGCUCAGGAGAUACCGGUAGCUCUUCAACCCCUUCCAUGUAGCUCGCCACGGGAUUGUUUAAUUAUACAUAUUGUGCUGAAUAACUAAAGCUGGAUUAAUUAUCAUUGUGAAUGUAUAGUUUUGAUGUCUAACUUUGUGCACUAAUAAAUGGAUAACGGUUUAUAUUUAAAGGCAUCUAACUGUACCCUAUCUAAGGAUUGACAACAGUAUCCAAGCACCCAUGCUGCAGGCAUGGGACCAAGCCCUGGGGUCACUGAAGUCAAUGGGUUGUGCUCAGUGGUGCAUGUUACGAGUUCAGCCUUUAGUGGCUAGGUACAUCCAGCCCUGCCCUGCCCCUAGACCAUGCGCUGUUGAAAUAUCCUCCGAGACUUUGCACGAUGAGAGCAAGCAGAGCAGCCUAGAAGGAGACAAGGGAAUAAUAAAUAAAUUACAAAUUAUAAAUGAUAAUGUUUAUGCUUC